CGUCAGUUACCGGAGGGCAGGGAAUCUCCACACCCCCCACCACGGGACGAAGCUGAUAAUGCCGACUCUGUCCGUAAAUGAAAGUGAAAGAUUUAAAGCCUGGGUCGGCGGUUCAGCAAGAAACACGAAUAAGAUUCUGGAAUAAUGUAAAGAUAUUUACAUUGCAAGAGAGCUCAGCAGGAAUCAUCUGCUCUGGAUCAGCACCAAAAUGGAGGGAGCUGCUUCUGAAAUGAGCCCCUCUGUGCAGCGUAAAACAAAGGGGACUGAGAGUGUCCUGAUGGAGAGAGCAGACUCACCUGCUCCCAGCUGUGUUUCCCUGAAGAGUGACAGGUCAAUGGAUCGACCAGUCAAAUUCAGAGAGGAACCUUUUCCUACAGAUCAAAGUGUCCUGAUGGAGAGAGCAGACUCCCCUGUACCCAGCUGUGUUUCCCUGAAGAGUGACGUGUCAAUGGGAGAACCACUCAACUUCAGAGAGGGACCUUUUCCUACAGAUCAAAGUGUCCUGAUGGAGAGAGCAGACUCACCUGCUCCCAGCUGUGUUUCCCUGAAGAGUGACAGGUCAAUGGAUCGACCAGUCAAAUUCAGAGAGGAACCUUUUCCUACAGAUCAAAGUGUCCUGAUGGAGAGAGCAGACUCCCCUGUACCCAGCUGUGUUUCCCUGAAGAGUGACGUGUCAAUGGGAGAACCACUCAACUUCAGAGAGGGACCUUUUCCUACAGAUCAAAGUGUCCCGGUGGAGAGAGAAGACUCACCUGCUCCCAGCUGUGUUUCCCUGAAGAGUGACAGAGUCCAAAUGGAUGAAUGCAGUUCAGAUGUACAGGGUAAACCGAGUUUAUCUUCCAUAUUGAAGUCACUAGAGGAAAAUGCAGUGAGGUUCCUGAAGGAUGAGCUGAAGAAGAUCACGAGGUACCUAGAUCAGAAUUACCCAGAAUUCUCUGAGCCUCAACUGGAGGAAGACAAUGACCUGGACAGUGAUGGUCAGAUGCAGCAGACCAGUGUUAGAGAGGCAGCUCUGAAGAUCACACUGUACACCCUGAGAACCAUGAAGCAAAAUGAUCUUGCUGUCAUGCUGGAGAAGAGGCAUCUUCUGUCACAAUGUCAGCGCAGAAUCAAAUGUAACCUGAAGAAGAAAUGUGAGUGUGUGUAUGAAGGGAAAGCUAAGGAAGGACAUCCAACACUUCUCAAUGAGAUUUACACAGAACUCUACAUAACUGAAGGUGGGACUGAAGCAGUCAAUGAUGAACAUGAAGUGAGACAGAUUGAAACAGCAUCCAAGAAAAGGCGAACAGAAGAUUCUAUAGUCAAGUGCAAUGAUAUAUUUAAACCCUUAUUUGGGCGUGAGACACCUAUCAGAACUGUACUCACUAAAGGGGUUGCAGGUAUCGGGAAAACAGUCUCUGUGCAGAAAUUUAUUCUUGACUGGGCAGAAGGAAAAGCAAACCAGGAUGUUCACUUCAUAUUUGCUCUUCCUUUCCGGGACCUGAAUUUUAUUGAGGAUGAAUACAGUCUGAUUGAACUGCUUCACCACUUUGUCCCGGAUCUGAAAUCAGUUGAAUCCGCUGAGCUGUUUAGGGGCAAAGUCUUGUUCAUCUUUGAUGGUCUCGAUGAGUGUUGCUUGCCCCUAGAUUUUCAGAACAAUGAGAGCUGGUUUGAUGUAACAGAGAAAACGUCACUGGAUGUGCUGUUGACUAACCUCAUUAAGGGAAAUCUGCUCCCAUCCGCUCUCCUCUGGUUAACCUCCCGGCCAGCAGCAGCCAAUCAGAUACCUGCUAAGUGUGUCCACCAGGUGACAGAGAUACGAGGGUUCAGUGAUGCCCAGAAGGAGGAGUAUUUCAAGAAGAGAUUUAAUGAUCAGAGCCUGGCCAGUAGGAUUAUGACACAUGUGGUAUCAUCAAGGAGCCUCUUCAUCAUGUGUCACAUACCUGUGUUCUGCUGGAUUUCAGCCACUGUGCUUGAGAGGCUUUUUAGCGAGACUGACAGUGGAGAAAUUCCAAGGACUCUGACUGAAAUGUACACACACUUCCUGAUCUUUCAGACAAGUUUAAAAAAUGACAAGUAUAGGCUACCGACCUCCGCAACCCUGAGUUGGACAAGUUGGUACAAGAAAUUGGUGGUGAGAUGGAUGAAAAACCAUGAAAGUGAGUUUAAUAAAUCUGGAAAGGAUUUCCUUUUAAAACUUGGUAAGCUGGCUUUUGAUAGCCUUGAGAAAGGCAAUCUCAUUUUUUAUGAGCAAGAUCUUACAGAGAAUGACAUUGAUAUCGCUGAAGCUUCAAUUUACUCUGGAGUUUGCACAGAAGUCUUUAAAGAGGAGUAUGGGUUGUACCAGGAGAAGGUGUACUGCUUUGUGCAUCUGAGCAUCCAGGAGUAUCUUGCUGCUUUAUAUGUGUUUCUGUCAAACUCAUCAGCUGACCUGCUGAAGACUGCUGUGGAUCAGGCAUUAGAGAGCAAGAAUGGACACUUGGACCUCUACCUCCGCUUCCUCCUAGGCCUCUCAACAGACUCCAGUAAGACUCUGUUACGAAGGCUACUGGGACAGACAAGAACCAGCUCACAUAACAUUAGGAUAAUAACCAAAUACAUCAAGGAGAAAAUAAAGGAGAAUUUAUCUCCAGAAAGGACCAUCAACCUAUUCCACUGUCUGAAUGAACUGGGUGACAAUUCUCUAGUAGAGGAAGUACAAGGAUACCUGAAUUCUGGAAGUCUUUCAGCAGAAGGUCUCUCACCUGCACAGUACUCAGCUCUGGCCUUUGUGAUACUGAUGUCAGAUGAGGAGCUGGAUGUGUUUGAUCUGAAGAAAUUCAUCAGAUCAGAUAAGGAGCAUUGGAGGCUGCUGCCUGUGGUCAAGACAUCUAGGACAGCACUGUUGAACAACUGUAAUCUCACAGGGGAAUCCUGUGAGGUGCUGGCUUCAGCUCUCACAUCAAACUCCUCACACCUGAGUGAGCUGGACCUGACUGACAAUAAUCUGCAGGAUUCAGGAGUGGAGCUGCUCUCUACUGGACUGGGGGAUUCACACUGUAAACUGGAGAUGCUGAGGCUGAAGAGCUGUAAUCUCACAGAGAAAUGCUGUGAGGCACUGGCUUCAGCUCUCAGAUCAAACUUCUCACACCUGAGAGAGCUGGACCUGAGUAACAAUGACCUGCAGGAUUCAGGAGUGAAGCUGCUCUCUGCUGCACUGGGGGACUUACACUGUAAACUGGAGAUACUGAGGCUGUCAGGCUGUAGAAUCACAGAAGAAGGCUGUUCUUCCCUGGCUUCAGCUCUGAGGUCAAACCCCUCACACCUGAGAGAGCUGGAUCUGAGCUACAAUCACCCAGGAGACUCAGGAGUGAAGCUGCUCUCUGCUGUACUGGAGGAUCCCAGCUGUAAACUGGAGAAGCUGAAUGUGGAUCACGGUGGAGAGUGCAGGACCAGACCAGGCUUACAGAAAUACUUCUGCCAGCUGACGCUGGACCCCAACACAGCACACAGACGCCUGUCUCUGUCAGAGGGGAACAGGAAGGUGACACAUGAGUGGGGGGCUGAGGAGCAGCCAUAUCCUGAUCAUCCAGAGAGAUCUGACUGGUGGGACCAAGUUCUGUGCAGAGAGAGUCUGACUGGCCGCUGUUACUGGGAGGCAGAGUGGGAAGGAGAUGAAGUUCGGAUAGGAGUGACUUAUAAAGGGAUCAGGAGGAAAGGACUGUGUGAUGACUGUUUGCUUGGAUGCAAUGGCAAGUCAUGGAGUCUGUGCUGUAAUCCUGUCAGUUACUCUGUCUGGCACAAUAAGGAACAGACUCUCAUACCCAUACAGCCCUCAGGUUCUUGUAGAGUAGGAGUGUAUCUGGACUGGGGGGCUGGUGCUCUGACCUUCUACAGAGUCUCCUCUGAUGGACUGACAUCACUGUACAGAUUCACCUCCUCAUUCACUGAGCCCCUCUAUCCAGGGUUUGGGGCUUAUAAUACAGACUCCACAGUGUCGCUGACGCUGGGAUAGCUCAUUGCAUAAAGAGGAAUCAUUUUUACUGUUCCACUGUGCGCUAUGUUACUGCUUCUCCACUGUAAAUCUCUGAUUUUUAACCUGUAUAAACCUUUUUACUCUGAAAUGUAUGUUUGACAGAAAUAAAUGACGGGGUUCAGCGAGUUGAACAAAAAU